AUGGGACGUGGAUGUACUUUAGAGCAUCUUCCUCAAGGGAAGAAAGCUUUAGGAAGUCAAUGGGUGUAUAAGACAAAGUUUUUGUCUAAUAGUGAUGUUGAAUGUCUUAAGUCUCGGUUAGUGGUUUUUGGCAAUCAUCAACAAGAAGUUCAGAUUAAUUUCUUAGUAUAUGUUGAUGCUCUUAUUAAUUCUAGUAAUAAUUCCGAUACAAUGACUGUUUUCAAGGCUAAUUUAUGUGAUUGUUUCAAGAUGAAGGACCUAGGUCCUUCGAAAUAUUUUUUGGGCAUAGAGGUUGCUCGUAGUGCUUCUGGUUUACUUCUCUGUCAACGAAAGCUAGUAGGGAGAUUGAUAUAUCUCUCAGUUACGAGAUCGGAUUUGGUGUACUCAGUUCAUGUUCUUUCUCAGUUUAUGCAGGAGCCUCUGAUUGAGCACUGGGAAGCUUCUUUGCGAGUGGGGUGGUGUGAUUCUGAUUGGGCGGAAUGUCCCCUUACUCGUCGUUCAUUGACAAGUUGGCUAGUAUUUUUCGGACACUCUCCUAUUUCUUGGAAGACCAAGAAACAACCUAUUGUGUCUAUCUCUUCGGCUGAGGCCGAAUAUCGCUCCAUGAAUUCAAUUACUAAUGAGUUGAAGUGGUUGAAGGCUUUGUUAUUGAGUCUAGGAGUGCAACACCCAAAGGAAAUCCAGUUAUUUUGUGAUAGUCAAUAUGCCCUACACUUUACCAAAAAUCCAGUCUUUCAUGAGCGAACGAAGCAUAUUGAGAUUAACUGCCACAUUGUUCGUGAUGCUAUUACUGAAGGCUUAAUUGCUUCAUCAUAUAUUUCCACUUCAUCGCAAUUAGCGGAUAUAUUUACAAAGGCACUUGGGAAGACUCAGUUUUAUCAUCUUCUUUCCAAGUUGGGCAUUUUUUAUCCUCAUGCUCCAACUUGA